AUGCCGAUACCUCUGGAGGCGGGUCGCUUGAUAGUAGGAUAUGUCGGGAAUCGGGCCGACAUUUGCACAUUAUCUCGAGUAUCAAAAGGCUUCCAGGUCCCUGCAGAGCGCGCUCUCUACAACACGCUUGACUUGCGCGACCCCUCCACAACCAUCACCAUCUGCCGUACCUUAGCCAGACAAGGCCGACUUUCCUCCCUGGUCGAGGCUCUAACUAUAGUCGCGCGUGGUGGGAGCACGGACCACAGCGGCGAGUCGCUACCCCCAGAUUACUGGCACUCUGUGGCCGCUGCACUACGGAGAUCUCACCGUCUACGAUUCUUGAAUAUUUAUAUUGAGAAUGGUCUCCCAAAGUCACAAGCAUGGAUUCUUCAACAAUGCACGUUCCAACUCUCCGCAUUUCACUGUGACCUUGACUGGGAUGCAGACCUGAUACAGUUCUUCAACCGACAACAAGCGCUCAGAGACUUGUACAUUUUGGAUUACAAUGACCACGUCCCCGAAGGACCCUCCGAUACUCUGCUGCAGCCGAGCGGUCUGGCUCAGCUCAGCACACUAGAGUGCACGUUCACCGAGGCUGCGAAUGUGCUCAUCCCUGGCCGACCGGUCGUCCAUCUGAAAACAUGUCUUUCAAGCUCACAGGAAGACGCAAAACGGAGGGAGGUGUUACUAUUAAUAUCAAAAAUCCGGCUAUCCUCUGUGCCUACUCGGUCUAUUGACCUAGGUGACCCAGCAUUAGAUGAAUUGUCCUCGUUUACGUUGUUGAUGGGAAUUUUGGACUCUCGUCUCUUCAACCUGCGAUACCUUGGAACGUUGUUACUACCGGUCGGAGGUAGACAGCGUCUGAGACUUUACGGUCUGCUCAUGCGUAUGCGUCAACUGGACUGCCUCGAACUCGAAGUGUCACAUUGGGAUCCAGAGCCGACUUCGGACGCCGCCCUGCGUUCCCUCUUUGGAGAAGUGCAUCUAUACUGUGAAACUGUCACUCGUGUGGUCUUUGUGUAUGAGUUCGAGCGGUUCCUCGUUACCAUCGUCAAUGGCACCCGCACGGUUGACGAGGAUACCAAUGUGGAACUACUUUGGCGAGAAGUCUGA